AUGCUCCAACAUCUAGUCGCUCUUUUGCUCUUGACGGUCUGCACGAGUGCUGCAACCGUCACUGUCUUCGAUGUAUUCCCAACGGCUGACGAUGGGUCCACCGGGGACCCAUUGACUGAUAUAAGUCUGAGCCCUCUCGGCGUUGGUAGCGACGGAGCUACUACUUACGACUUCGCGGAAGCCAUCAGCCCCACGGAGACCGUCCACGCCGUAAUCGUGGCGGGUGCUACUCAGAUUCAUCUAUCUGCUGCCACCCCCUUCCCGCUGGUGAGAGACUGUUCAUGGGAGAACACCAGCGGCGAAGGUGUCUGCUCCUUUUUCGACCCGGGUGUAACGGCGAUGCAGACAUUCACCGGCCGUGUCACCCCGAUUUUCACUCUCACAGUAGACGAGAGCACCGCCAGCCGCCCCACCAGUGGCGCCAGUGCCCAAGGCACCCCGACGAGCAGUGCCAGCCAAACCAAUUCUGCUAUCAAGCUCGGGUCCGCUGUUGGCUUUGGCAGUGUCGUGGUCGUGUUGGCCUGCGGUUUUUUUAGGUAG